CGUCGUCUAGCCUCCGUCUUCGGUGCGCUUCUGCCCCUAUGCUCAAACUGCUCAGAAGUCAAAACGAAGACACAGAGGCAGAGCUGGGAGCUCACCUUGGAUCAUUGCCACCGCAUGCUCGCGCUGUCCCUGAGCCGCUCGCCGGAUCCUCUGCAUCGUGUGCUCGCGUCUGGCCUCUCUCCUCCGUCUGAACUCAGCUACUGGCGCCUCUCUCGUCUUCUAACGGUGCUUCCUGCUUGUGUCGACGUCGCGCCACCUUCCUCGCGUCUCCACUUGAGCUUUGUCUUCUCCACGUCCCAUUUUUCUCUGCUCAUUGGAAGACCACCGAAGGUUACUUUUUUUUUUUUUUGCUUACUUUUUUCGUUUUCAAACUGUUGUUCAUAAAAAAUGUGAUUUGGUUAAUUUAGUUAAAAAUAAUUAGUUAAUUUUGUGUGUGUUUGUGAGCUCUGAAAUCUUAUGAUGGUAUGUAUAUAAUGUAAUUGACUAAUUGUUCGGUUUAUGAAUUUAUGAUGAGACUUAAAUUUGUCAAUUUGUUGAAUGGGAGACUUGAAUUUGUUGCAUGGAAAGCUUGUUAAUUACUAAUUUAGUUAUCCUGUUGAUUGCUGAUUUUGUGUUCAUUUGCUUAUUUUGAAUGUGGAAAGAACAUGUUUGGAGAUUGGUAAUUAGUUAUUCAGUUUUACUUUGUGGUUAUGAUAUUAUUAUUCUACUCAAUAAAAAUAAUAUGAAUGUACCUUAUUUUCAAUUUUAAUUUUGAGGGCCCUGAAAUUACCAUAGUUAGAAUUGAUUGUUAAUUGCCUAAUUGAUUAAUUGUUAGUAGGAUCUGUUUUGGCAGUGUGAUUGUUAAUUGCUUAAUUGGAAUUGAUUGCUAAUUGUCUAAUAGAUUGUCACUGUUAUUAUGUCAAAUUAAGAUAUUAUUGUAAUAUUGUAGUAUUGAUUAAUAAUAUGUCUAUUUUCGUAUUAGUUAUUUUAAAAAUUAAGACUUGAUUGGUGUUAAAGUGCUGAUGAAGAUAUAUAAUUCAAAAUUUAAUUUUAAAUUUUUGACUAUUUUAUAUUUUUAUUUAAGUACGACCGAAUAAGUUGGUUCAACCAAUAACCCACCAAUUGAAUCAGUAAUUAAGUAGUCAGAUCGGUUUGAUCACUGAUUCAGUUCUAAUCACUAUGCUCGGAGUUGUUUUUCCUUUUGUCAUUUUGCUGAAUUUCGUCUCAAGACUUUUGUUGAUGGGUGUGUUGUGUGACUUUUUAUGAGUUUAGGAAGCUGAACUUGUUAUUUUGUUAAUUAUAUGUUAGCACUUGGUCAUUUUAUUAGUGCAAUAGAUAUGACCAAGAGUUUAGGACAUCUUAUCUUUUUUUGUUGAUUAGUGUAAAAACUCAAAAACCGAACCAAACCAAUCUAAUUCUCAUUGGUUUGGUUGGCCUCACAAAAAAAGCCAAACCAAACCAAACCGAACAUUUUACACAUAAUUGGUUUGGAUGAUUUUUUUCCAAAAAACAGAACUACACCGCAAACGGAACACCCGUAUUCAAGAGCAUGCUUACAUCGUGGAUACCACACUACAAGUAGCUAUAUAAUUUAUAUGUCAAUGCUUAGCAAUAAAUUUAUUGUUUUUCUUUCCCCUUAAAUCUCAAUGAAUAAGUAUCUAUAUGAACAUCAAGUGCUUGCAUAAUGUGUAAGCCAUUAUCACGUUCUAUUUAAGUUUGACCAUUAGGUGUUUGAUCAAAUGCCUCAGUGAAAAGGGUUACUUUUUUUAGAGUCAUUAUUUGUUUCCAUUCGUUUUGAGUGUUAUUUUUCAGUUCCUCUUUUUUUCUUGGAAGUAAUGGCACUGUCUUCUGGAAUUCGGAAGCUGCUUUCCGGUGUCAAAACUAACAAAUCUACACCUUUUGACCUGAACUCAAUGCAUUAUCACUGUUAUCAAGAUGUUUCCAACCUGCAAUGCUAUCAGAAUGACUUUUCCAAGCUAGAAGAAUUGACUCACCUUCUGGCGAAUGUGGAUGCAAUCAAUGGAAAACUUGUUGACACAAUUAGUAGUUCAACCAUUUUUGAUGAUCAGAUUAAGCAAGAUAUGUGUACCUUCAAGUCUCUUGUCCGGGCCGUUAUUGGAUCUCCACUAGUUCAGCACAAAAUGAAACAUGUUCUGGUCUCCACUAUGGGAACACAAAAUGAAUCAUUUUCUCCUUUCAGUCAAGCAAGAGAAAGAGAACCUCUAGUGAUUGAUAACCUUGCCAAAGUGAGCAACUUUCUUGAUGUUUCUGCUCAACAAAGGAAGGUAGUUCGUUUCAAAGUGUGUCCACAGGCAACCCAGCACCGCAUAUUGAUUGGUACACUCAAGGAAGUUCUGAAUAAUUUUAAAGUUGAUUUGGAUGCUUUUGAUUCUCAAGGCUUAGACAAAGAUACUAUAAUGGGUCAGCAAAUUGUUCUUACCUGCCUGAAGUUUCUCACUGAAGCUGCUGUUUCUAAUGAACCUGAAUCCACUUCAUGGAUGAGGCUUUCACCUUCAAGAGAUGUCAACCCCUCUAGUUCCCGGAAAUGGGAAGAUGUUCUUGAGAUGUUCAAUGAUCUGAUCGAGUAUUUUAGAGGCGAAACAAGAUUAAAGUUGCAUGUAGCGAAGGCUGAAGUCAUGAAAGAAGGGCUUUUGCAAAUCAAGGACAUUUUGAUUGACAACAGUAUUGGAUACAAGGAAACCAGACACCAAGAAAACCUGGUGCGAAAGAAGCUUUCCAAAACAUUGGGACACUCAUCACGCUGCUUAUUCACGCUAUUAUUAUAUUACCUCUUCGGAAGAGUCUCAGAUAUUGAAGUUGACAUGGCUGGUGGAGUUUACAAGAGUGGAAGUGACAACAAGAAUUGGUUGUGUAUGGGAAGAAUUUUGACUUCAGAUAGUGAGAAGAUGGUUGGGCGUGGUGUGAAGCAGUUGGACAGAGCACUUGGCCUUUUCAAGUUUGUAUGGGAAACUGCUGAAAUGAAAGGUCAGUUGGAUCUUCAAGGCCAUUUGUGGUGUGUUGGAGAACACAAUAGGGUGCUUAGGUAUAGAGGAAACACAUACUUUCUUCAUGGCAUUUGCCUCUAAUCUUAAAAACUCACAUAUUUUUUUUAUGUGAAGUUGAUAGUUGAGAACCGUUAAAUAACAAUUUAGUGAAACAUGUCAAAUCAUCUAACGAUUCUUACUAUUAACGUCAUGUGAAGAUAACUGUACGUGAGUUUUCAUCUUUACAAAAUCAUUCAACCUCUAUUCUAUGAUUUGUAUUCUUUCCAUAGCUUUUGUUGUCAAAAACAAAUAUUCAAUUGCAAAUUAUCUUGUAUAUGUGCCUAUCUUCAUAUGAAUAGUUUAAUCUAUUAGAUUUUGAAACAAUGGAGGAUGCUAAUGUAGGAUAUGAAGUUUUUCACUUUCCCUUAGUUGUUACCAACCAUACAAAUGUGCCUUCCAUAAAUUCCAUGUACCUAGACUCUUCUUCAGAAAUAUGCCAUAAGCAAUAAGAAUAAGCAUACAUUUUAAUUUCUUCCUACUCGAUUGAUGUCAUAUCUCCACUAUCUAAUGCCAUGGGAAGUAGGGAACAAAAUAAAUUAAAAAUUCCACUUCUCCACCUUUUAAGCUUAUCG